GAGAUCGUUACGUCAGAGUGCACACAUUUGCAUCGAGUGGACGUAAAGUAUCUUUGGUGGACUGGACGCUUCUGUAUUGUUUUACACUAUUCAGACUGAAUCGGCAGGGCUUCUGAACGCGACACUUGCUGCAAAACUGUCUAAAGUGAGCGCAGAGCUUUUCAAGCAGACGUAAAUUUGACAACUUGUUAUUAGCGUUAUAGGUGGUGAACUGUUAGUUAUGUAUUAUCAGACAAUCAGCUACUGUUACUUCGGCUAAUGCUCCGUUAGCUUUCUCUGCUACCACUGACAUCAUUCCGUGCGAUGACGACACUGAGAAGACUGUGUAACUUUCUACCUGCUGAACCUUAAAUGUACUUAGAAAAUAUUUACUAUGGAUGGUGAGCGGAGCAAUUGCAGGCCUCAAGUGAGAGACAAUAGCCAGCUAACCUAGCUAGCAGGCUUGCCGUGGCUGCUAAGCUUGCUAAGAGCUAUCUUGGGAGAAGCCCCACUGAAAACGUCAAGGUGUUUGUGCCAUGGAUCAGAAGGACAUGACAGAUUCGACUGUGACAGACCAAAACUCCACAGCUCACAUGCCUGAACAAAUUAAAUGGAUCAGCAGUAACUCUGGAGAUAUAACCAGAUCCGCAGAAAAACACACUAACGGCACCUGGGAACCAGAGACUGUGGUACCAUUACGCAGUCCUGGGGAAAAUAGCCUGCCUGCGUUUCCCAGCAGUGACCUCUCACUGCCUGAAGUCUGCAUUUCAACCAACAGCAGCAGCUUUGAAGAUGACAUGAACUAUGAGAUUCAGCAAGCCUAUAAGAUAUUCACAGUCUUUUUGUUGGACAAGCACAAAGGGAUAACCAACACAUUUCUGCAUCCCAUCGGCCACCAUGACGCGCAGCAUGGCAUAGAAGGGGUUCAGGGCCAGGUACAGGCUCAGCUUAGGCAGUCGGUGUGCUUACGUCGCAUUGAGGAGAAGUUUAUAAACCAGGAGUAUGAGAACAUAACAGCGUUUGUUGCAGACUUCAGGCUUAUGUUAGAGAACUGUUACCGAUAUUAUGGGGUGGACCACUGGAUAUCCAAACAGGCUCAAAAGCUGGAAGUCAUGCUGGAGCAGAAGCUUACAUUGCUUUCCAGAGUGCUGCGAGAAAAGACGUCCCUGGCAGUGACCUCUAAAGGUCGUUUUGGUGCAGAGGAGGAGCGAGGCUCUGGGGGAACCUCGACACGGAGGAGGCAGGCUUCUCGGUACCUGGCUACUAUUACCGGCGGUGGCCAUGAGUCUGUCAUGGUGCGGGCACUACGUCAGGAAGAACAGCAGAGGGUCAAGGAGGAGAAGAGGCAACGUGAGCUCGAGAAGAAAGAAGCGGAAGAAAUGUCGGCCAAAGAGGUGGAAGAGUGGGAGCAGAGUCUGUUGUCGCAGGCCGCUCCUCACACCGUGGGCGCCCUGUGGGAGCUGCCCGCCAUCGGACACUUCCUCUGCCUUGCACAGACCGCUCUCAACCUCCCUGAGAUUGUGUUUUUCGAACUGGAGCGUUGCCUGCUGAUGCCACGCUGCAGCCUGCUCCUGUCCAAAGUCAUGUCCUCCCUGCUGUCCCCGCCGCAGAGGAGAGCCACGUUGCAACGGCGACCCCCACUACCAUACCGUCGCUGGGAGUCGGAGCUGAGGCAGCGCGUCAUGGGGUGGUAUCGAACCGUCGGCGCCUACCAUAAUCAGCCCCGUCGCGCGGAGCAGCUGGGACUCUGCCACCAGUUCUUCAGUGUCCUGGGGGAGGUGAGUCCACUGGAGGAGAAACCCUUCCAUUUGUUGCCCUUUUACCAGCGGAUUUGGCUUCUCAAGGGUCUGUGCGACCAUGUGUAUGAGACGCAGAAGGACGUGCAGGACGCUGUUCUAGCCCAGCCCAUCCAUGAAUGCAGGGAGUCGAUUUUGGGCUACGAUAGUAAAGAGAACGCCUACAUACAUUUCCCACAUUUCUGUGGUGCCGACCUGAGGAUCUACUGCCAGAGCCCUAGCGCUCCUCCAGCCUUUCCUUUCCCUUCUGUGCUGGUAAGAAGAGUUGAAAUGAGACAAGGGACCGAGGGGGAUGGGUUGGGCGGAGUGAAGAGCGAGUUGUGGGCGGAGUCAGAUCAAAAUGACGCCUGUGAUAGCGGCCAAAUGGAUACAGGUGAAUCUGAAGAUUCUGGGAAGAAAACAGUAGGAAGACUUGUGGUUUUUAAAAAGGAGAAUGGAAAUAGAGAAGAAGAUAAGGGCGGAUUUAAAUCGUUGUCGAGAAUGGAUGUUUCUGAAUCGGAGUCCACUGAUGGCGACUCCUGUGAAGACUCAAAAUUAAAUGUAAAAAUAUGUACAAACUCGUUAGUCCUCACGCAAGGUAGAAAUGUUGAUGAAGAUGAGGUGAAAGUGAAUUUGAAAGAAGAAAUUUCAGAUGAGCAAUCGUCAAUGCAGGAGCAGGUCUUCUCGUAUGACUCAGAACACACUAUCAAAGCAGAAACAGCAGAUCCCUGCCAGAACGUAGCCGAGCACAGCUAUACCGGCCGCUCGCCUUUAUUUCCAGGUAAACUGGGGGUCAAAAUGGAGGAGGUGAAAUCUGCUCUGGUACAUCAAACAUCUCCUUGUUCGGGUUGUUUAAAAAGAAACUUCUGUGACUCUAAAUCUCUGGAGGACGUCUGCUGCUGUGGAAAGUGCAGACCAGCAACUCAUUUGUCCUCUGAGACGACUCGAAACUUAAGGGAGGAGAGGGCGGAUGACAAAAUCUGGAAUAAGAAAAAGAAGCGGAAGAAAAAGCGAACAAGGGAGCAGCUGCCAGGAGUGAAAGGAGAGCAGAAGCAUCUGCACAGUUUGAGGCCGCUGCCAUGUGAGGCUGCCAAGUCUGCAGUUCAAAGGGUUACGACAACAAUCAAGAGGAAGGACAAGAAGAAAAAAUGUAAAACAGGAAAAAACCCUGAUUCUUUGAAAAAAGCGAAGGAAGAAUCUCUUCCGGUACCAACAUUCAAGUUGGUGUGCAGCAAUCUAGACGAACUGCGGGAGCUGAUCAGUAAGACUGAAGAUGAGCUCGAUGAACUGGAGAGCAUGAAAAAGAGACUGGGCCGAUGGUACUACAAGAAAGAAGCAGUGAAAGAGCUCCAUAGCACUCUGAUCAGACUUCUGAAUGAGCUUUUACCCUGGGAGCCAAAACUUGUUAAGGCCUACCAAAGAAACAGACUUCGUUUAAAGAAGGAACAUGAUGAUUUCAAGAAGCACCCAGAUUAUUACAACUUUGUACGUGAAGAGUGUGUAUCAUCCUCCUCGUCUUCGUCGUCGACAGAUGAGGAUGAUGACGGUUACGAAGAAACAGACGUGGAGAAGAUUCGUUGUAGAGAUUUAGAAGAAGAGGACCAGGAGCACGUUGUUCCCAGAGGCCUCUGGAGUGGAGCAAGUGCCAGAGAGACUGCUGCAGAGUCUGCUGCAGAUAAAACUCUGACUAGUGCACCUUCAAACCACCUUAAACUCCCUCUGGCCAGCAAAGAGAGAAGUUUUGCUCUUCUGCCAGGAGUUCAAGGUAUUCUCACCAGUGUUACUUCUACAGAUUGGAGAAGAGAAACGAGACCUGGAUUAAUAUCAACAAGUCAAUCAGGCGAUUUGGCAUGGGCAACUGGAAUAUCACCACAUACGUCAGCAUCACCCACGUCUCACAACCUCAACCCGACGUGUAAACUACUCCCAGGCUACACGCCCAUUCCCACUCUGCUGGCCAAAAGUGUGGGCAACAAAGUGACCUUGAUGAGAAGACCAACAGAUUUCCCAGGUUUAUCCAAUGUAGAUGGGCAGCUGAAAGGAUCUACAUUGACUAAUCCAAAAGUGUCAAAAGCACAACCUUCUAGUGAUAACCAGAUGUCCCAACAGACUACAACAAAAGCACCAGUACAGACUGUAUUAACAGGAGCUCUUCCUAAAACGGCACUGGGCACAGUAUCCCAAACUGAACCAAAAGGUCCUGUCCAAGUGGUGUGUAAGGUUUCUGAGGGGGUGGGUCACCUUGUUAAAAAAGGCAGCAGCAGCAGCAGCCCAGUCAGUCCCUCUGCUCAUUCUGUUAUGGAUAAGAAAACUGUAGAGAAGGUAAUGCAGCAGGUGGUGUUUCUGCCUUUCAGCCAUCUUGUUCAGAAGAAUGAAACCAAGGCAACUGUUGUGACUCCACAUCAAUCAAAUGUCCUUCAGGUUCCUGUUUCUAAAGGGACCACUCCUGUGUGUAUAUCAACAGAUGUGCCUGGAUUCAGCAUUCCUGACGGUAAAAUCCCUGUUCAGCAGGUCACACCGCUUACAGAUGCAGGGACACCGGGGAAUCCUGCACCCUCCACUUCCCCCAUUCUGCAUAAAGGGACCCCAAACGCCGCCAGACUUAAGGGGGCGCAGGUUUGCACUGUUAAAGCCAGCACACGAAAAGGUGGCCUGCCCACCCCGUCCAUUGUCACAGCUGCUACCAGCGCAUCCACUGUGGAGACAGUUAAAUUUACAGAGCCUAAGCAGGAGCUGAAGACCGUCUGCAUCCGUGACUCUCAGUCCAUAUUGGUAACAACUAGAGGUGGCAACACAGGGAUUGUCAAAGUCCAGACGUCUUCAGAGCAGAAUUCACUGGGAUCUUUCCCUACAAGUCCUGUCAUUACUAUAUCUCCACAGUUAAAAGCCUUUCUUGUUAAGACAUCAACAACUCACACUGCUGCAGUUCCCUCUCAUGUUCCAGGAGGGGCAACUACAUCUACUGCCCAAACCCAGAAGAAUUGUCCUUCCGUAUUAACAGCCCCUCAUUCUGCCACCAUUUCUACACCAACUGCGAUCACAAGUAGUGCUCCUGUCAGAGGGCUUACAAGCAAGACAACAGGCACUGCUGCUGGUUUAAGUCGAGCUUCUUGCAUCUCACCAGUUUCUACUGUUGCAACCAAGAUUUCCCAGCUGGUGAAAACAGCCUCUUGCAGUUCUCCUUUUCCGCCUUCAACUUUGCAAAACAAAGUUGUUGUCCCGUCCCUCAGCAGUUCUGGUGUUUCCAAAGUCCCAUCACAGGAACCCAUCAGCAAGACUGGUGUAAAGCGCAGCAACACAGACGAGAUCUCCCAGGUUACUAAAUAUAUCCUAGUUACUUCAACUUCUUCAGUAUCUUCAAACCAAUCCUCAUCAAAAGGGACUCCUUCCACGCAGUCGGCCGCCGGUUCAAGAGUUGUACGUGUUGGCCAGCCCAACGUGACAACAUCUACGAGCUUUAGUGGGGCCAUGUCGAAGCCGAUGAUGGGAGCUGGGAGUGGACAAGCCAUGAACGCUCCGUUAUCAAGUUCGACUCUAAAAAUGGGAAUAAGUUCAGCCAAGCCUGUUGCCUGUGUCAGCUCAGAGGCAUUGUCCAAAGCCAGCAACAGUACUGUUCAACCAGGUGUUGCUGUUCCUUUAUUAGGAAAGACGACAACAGUCGGGCAGACUGUCUCUGCUCUGUCUCAUUCUCCUUCGAAGGCCUCAUCUGUCACAAUAUCAGGCUCAUACAGUCCCAACACAGCUGAACUGGUCCCAAUAACAAAUUUAUUUACCAUUACAAAUUGUUCCCCCCACCUUGAUACUCGCACCUCUUUCUCGACUGUUUCGGCAAUCCACGGUGUCCCUUCCACUUCCGUGAUCUCACAAACAUGCUGCCCAUUGUCUACUGCUGCCAUUCCGCCUGCAGAUAACAUAACAAGGAAAGAACUUCUUGUCCCUGAAUCUAAACUGUCUGGCAGCUGUUCAGCUCAGGUAACCACUACCAAUUAUCCAGCCCAAAUGAGCACAGCUUUCCUUGACCAAAAGCCGUUGCAUAUUAAAAGUGGCAGGAGUGAGACUAGUCCACCAUCCUGUAAUAAAACCCUUCCUCUCCUCUCUUCUGCACCCACAGCAUUUUCAACCUCCACUUCUGGCCCAGUUACACAAAGGAUAAUCCUCAACACUUCCACACAUCUUACGGCCGGCACGCAGAUUGUCCUUAAUAAUGCAUGCUUUAUAGUCCCUCCCCAGGGUUUGGGUCCUGGCAGUCAUGUCCUUCUCAUUUCUAAUCCUGCACCACAAGUGCCUGCUGCCACAUCUACUAGCUCUGAGGUGCUUUUGCCCCCUAAAGGAUCUAGUGCUGUUAUUGUGAGUCCUCAAGCACCAGGUUUACCCCAAUCUACAGUCAGGCUGCCCAGCAUGCCAACUGUAGGUUCUCCAUUUGUAGCAUGCACUGGUCAAUCUUUGCUGGCAGGCACUCCUCAUGUUCCACCAUUCAGACUUACAGGAACACCUGGCUUGGGCUCAGUGAUUCCCAGUAAAACAAAUGUAGUAUCAGCUCUGCCUAGGCUCUCACCCGCUCAUGGAUGUAACUUUGGGUUACUUCCAGUGUGUACAUCAACUUUGAUCUCUUCUCCACCAAGGUUAGCAAGUGUACCUAUUUUGGCUUCCCCAGUUAAAACUACUGCUCCUUCCCUUGGAUCAGAACUUACUACAAUCAGGGUCACUGGUGGUUCAGCCACACCAACUAACAUUUCAUCUACAAUAUCCACUUCCUUGUCCAGAUUGUCAGGACCUCUGUCAUCCCUUCCUGGUUUACCCAGCUCAUCAACAGGUGCCUUGCAUAACCCCGUCACCCCAUUUCCCGCAGCUUUACAUUGUUCUCCUUCUGGCCACCAUGUGGAUGCACCAGCAACUCUCGGAUCUGUUAUACGUCCAGAGCAGACAGCAGUUAAAGUUGCAACAUCCUCAACUGCUCAACCACAGGGUUUAGUGCAAACAGCAUCAGGAAAGAUGCCACUCAAAACAAUGUUGCCAGUUGUUCAGUCUGCACUCUCUGGUGCUCGGACACAAGAACUGCCAACAGUGGCCGUCCCACCAAUCUUAAGUACAGGAACCAGGACCCAAGCACUGCCCAUCGCUACUGUUCCGCCAAUUGGAAGCACUAUCAGCACCUUUGAAAUGGCAUCUGCAGCAUCUGCGCCACUAGUCAGCACCAUUCUGACUUCAACUCCACCAGAUACAUCACUGAUGACAAAAAGCAGUAUCACUCCACCUGUUAUAUUGACUAACCAAGCAUUUCGAACAAACUCUACGCAGACAUCGUCAUUGGGUAUGCAUGCUAAUUUACCAUCCAAGCUUCUCACCAGUACUGACGGUGCCGUGUUGAGCACUGAUCAGUGUCAGGUAAAUCAAGCAGAGAAGACUGUGUGUCCCAAACCCCGGGAUGCUCUGGUGGUCGCCCCCAACAGCUCUGGUGGGGUACUAUGAACACAUUAUCCCACGUUACAGACUCAUCAGAGAGACUAAGUGAAGCAGCAAACCAAUACUGAGCUAACGUUUUGAAUGUUCUCUAGUAACGGCUGCUUUGAUCCAUCUCACAUUUAGCACCAAGUAGAUUUUACAACUCGGUUAUAUGACCUGUCAUAUGAGCCUGCUGUUAACACUAAAACGGUGGAUUGUGUUGAGUCUCUGGAGUUCAAACUGAAACAUUAAUGUUGUGGACUCUGAGAGGUGCCAUUUGGCCAGUUAUUACAGCAAAUUGGAAAGGUGGAAAGUAGGGAAAAUUAUUCAGCCUUUUAGACAUUUGUCUAAGAUGUAAUAAUUGGUUUACUGUUGUUGCUUUGUCUCAUAUUAAUUACAACUGCCUACAUUCUUUUACAUCUGUCAUGUCCUGUUUUUUCAAGUAGUAACUGUUUUGAAAACUACAUUUACUUUUUUUUGUAGAAAUAUGAACUAAUAGAUAAAUUUUUACAAUAUGGUUGAGUCCAUGUAAAUGUUUUGGAAUCACAUU